AUGUGCAAUAUGCUAUUAGAGACUAAAAAAGAAAAAGGAAAUGUUGAUCUCGAAGAAUUUCCGAAAUGUUUACAGCUUCGACUUCCGGAAAAUGUUAACGAGGACAUCCAAGAAGAUCCGACAGCAUUACGUUCGCUAUGGGAUCGUGGACUUCUAAACGGUGCCUCACAGAAGGUCGAUCAAGUGGCAGUGUUCUAUACGGGUGAUCUGGUCACCUCCCUACAGAAGACGUCCCUGGUCCCUGGGGCUAAUGAAUGCGUGAUCUACACAACAAUUGGUGGAGCCAUUGGAAUACUGGUACCGUUCAUCUCGAAAGAUGUAAGUAAUGGAGAUUGUUCAGAAUUUUUUCCUCAUUCCUCACGUCAACUUAUUCAUCCUUGGAAACAUUUAGCUAAAUUCUAG